AUGAGAAUUAUUAAUAACCUCAAAAUACCACAUAUAUAAUACAUAUUAUGGCAUAAUAAAAUUUAGAUCUAAGUAUUUUUUAAUAUUAAUAUAAGUCCAAUCCUAAACCUGAUGAUAUAAAAUAUAAAAGAAAUAAAAGUAAUCCAGUUGCAUUCCUUAUUAAAUAAAUGUACCCCAAUAAACAUCUAAUUCAACUUUAACAAAAGUUGCUCAACCUAGUUUAAAACCAACCAUACUUAAACUAAAAUAGAAUGAAGAUAGAAAUUUAAAAAAUUUAGCAGUAUGGAAAAGAAAAGACUAUUAAAGUUAAUAAGUUACUUUUGAAUCUUUUCUCAAUUAAUAAAAUAUCUCCAGAAACAAUACCAUAGAUAGUAAUAACAAGACUUUAUACAAAAAAAAUCACAGACAAUAUAGUCAUGUGUUUAAGGUAAUUCAGGGGGCAUAUUUUAUGA